CAGCUUUAGGAACUACAAAAACCUCCUAAUUUAGCACGAUAUCUACCCGCAAAACCAAUGUUUCACCCUCCACACUUCCUCUCGCCGAAACCAUCACGUGGUAGCGCGUGAUGUUCGUUAUUUUCCCUAAGUCCGCCUCUGGUCUCAGCCCGAAAACAAGACAAAACGAUCAUUAUUAUCCAAGAACCACAACUCCCCGGAAUGUCUCCCUUACCGCAGUCUCUCCCAGCUACCGACCCUACCCAAAACCCUCCCCUCUCCGAAGUCGCUGCCGCCCUCGCUCCCUACAUCCACACGCGCGCCGAAACCCUCCGUAUCCGUCGCUUGCUCUCUGCACACCUCGCCGCCUCCCUCACCCACGAAGAGAGCACAGAUGGCGAGACACCCAUUACGCACCUCACUCUUGGGGCCCCGCCGUCCACACUCGUUGUCAAGCGUACCCCAAAAGAGCUACAAGGCGGUGGGGACGCUCGUGUGCGUGCUGCGUACCUCUCCGCACUCCAGUCCCAUGCUGUAGCAAAGAAGCGAUAUCAGGCUCUCCGUGACGAGAUAGAAGAGCUGAGGCAAAGUCAGGUUGUGGAUAGUGCGUCGAGGGAUGUCAAUCGUGGGGACGGAGCAGCGGAGGAGUAUAUCCAGCUGGUCAAAUUGAGGCGGAGGGUAGAAAGAACGAAGGUAGUGGAUAAGGCGGUAGAGAGGGUAUGUGAUGCACGCCUUGUCGAGGGCGGUGCUGGAGGGAUCGGGAAGAGGAGGACAGGUGUUCGAGAGACGGACCGCGAGGGCGAUGUGGUCAUGGAUGGAGGCAUCUCCAGGUCUGCAGAAGGACGCGGAAGAGGAGGCCGUGGAAGAGGAGGCCGUGGACGUGGAGGCGGCAUCAAUACGGAGCGUCUCCAGCGCGAGGUUCUCAAGCAUGUUGGCGACGGCGCCCGCCCUCCUUCGAUGCGAAACAUCACCCCCGACCGGCAGAGCUCUCUCGUGGAGUUGCAGGUCACCGGAUGGCUCAACAGCAAAGCCUCGUCGAACGAUGACCGCGGCGUCUCUAGCCUCAUCACCUUUCUCGAGCGACAUGCCACCAAGAGGAGCGCUCUCUUCAGGCAACGCGGUGGAAAAGCUGCUACCGGCUCUCGCAUCAAGAGGUCUCGUGUCGAGGGCGACACUCUACACAUCUUCGUUCUGCAGCAGGAAUACGAAUCCUACUCGCGACUGAACAACUUCGUCUUCGCCGGAAAGUCCAUCACAGUCACCUGCGAGAACCCACCACGUUCAAGAUCUCCACACAACAGCGGCACGUCUCCGGAACCCGCCAACGAAGUCCAACAACUUAUCCAAGACUUGCUCUCCCGUCGCUUCGAUUACUCUUCGAAGCUCCUCAGUCUCAACGCUCUCGGCACGGACGAGCAGCUUCAGGAAAUCGGCAUGUUCAAGACCCCGGAGACCCAGAGCAAGUUCUUCCUGGCGACGAUGAAAGUCUGCAGCGCACAGUUCCAAACAGCAGAGGAAAAGCGCGAGACCAUCCAGAGCGUCUCCCUUGCCGACAACAAUCUUCCCAAUCUUUCAAUCGUCACGUCUCUCGCUCAAACCUUUCCCGACUUGAAGAACCUCGACCUGUCCGGCAACAAGAUCGAAAACACAUCUGCCCUCGGUGCCUGGAGGCAUAAAUUUCGACAUCUCGAACAGCUUCUUCUCAACAACAACCCCAUCGAAAAGCUGCAGCCCGGCUGGGAAGUCGAGGUGAUGAAGUGGUUUCCUAAGCUCCGUCUACUCAACGGCAUCCAAGUGCGCACCGAUGCACAACUCGCACAGAUGGAUCAAUCCAAGGCUAUCCCAUUGGUCCAGGCCCCAGAUUUCCGGGACGAGGGCGGAAUCGUACAGAACUUAUUGCUCAAGUUCUUCACAGCAUUCGACAGCGAUCGUCCUGCGCUUGCCAACAUGUACUACGACAAUGAUUGCAGCUUUUCUCUCAACGUCAACACUCACGCACUACGCGAUAAAGAUGCGCAAGAGAUGCUGAAGCAAAGCUGGGAUCCGUAUAUUCGAAUCAGCAGGAAUCUCAAGCAUCUCAACAACCCCAAAGUCCGCACCAAUCGCAAAAUCACGGGCCCGGAAGAGAUCACCAAGACCUGGGCACAAAUCCCCGCCACUCGUCACCCGGCCUUGACUAGUGAAUUCCACAAGUGGGUCAUCGAGUGCGCAUCCCAACCAGGCGUUCCCGACCCAACCGGAACAUAUCCCCAAGGAGUCACUGGAUUCAUGGUGACGGUUCACGGAGAAUAUGAGGAGCCGAUUCCUUCACGCCAGGAUAGGACGAUGCGCCGAAGCUUCGAUCGCACCUUCGUCUUGGGUCCCGGAGGACCACUCAAGGUCCGAAUCCUCAGCGACAUACUCACGGUACGCGCUUAUGGAGGAUCUGCCGCAUUCAGAUUGGGCUUGCCAGUGGCUGCACCGAUUAUAGCUCCGGUCGUGGCGCCAGCAGCUAUGACACCAGUGACGGAACAGGAUCUCAUGGUUUUAGAGCUUGCCAAAAUCACUGGGUUGACAUUGGAGGUGGCCAAGCAGUGCCUGGAGACCAGCAACUGGAACCUGCAUACCGCCAUGGGUACCUUCGAGACUCACAAGGCAACUCUCCCUCCGACUGCAUUUGCAUAAAGGAUAUGCAUCAAAGAACGGGUUCAAGGGGUGGGUCGUCUCUGAUAUCAUUGUACGACCCUCAAUGGUUUCCAUACGAAGAAUACGAAGCAUGGCGAGCGAUCACAAUCUGUUAUUUGGAGUACAAGGCUGCAUAGGAACGGAUACCCCAAGGCACUGGGCGGCUUGGAAUGAGGGCAUCCGGGCAUGUCAACAUGAUUCUUUCUUGUAACUAGCAUACCAAGUCCUCUGCUAUAAGAGGCCCUCUACCCAGAGGCAAUCGGCACAAAAGCCAUAUCUCUCUUCUCAC